GAUUUCAAAAUGAUGCCUGCAGCAUUAGCCAACGCCUCUUUCACUAGUUCCGGACCAUUCUGGCCUGCCUCCAGGUCCACGGCUUCUUUUCCAUCCUUCCUGAGACCUCUGGCCUCCUAAGACCCAUCUUGACCUGGGGGGUACGAGGGUGCCCCAGGGUGGGAGGCUCUGGAUCCCUGAAGUUAGGAGGCUGGCCUCUCCUCCCACCCCCAGACCCCAAACCCGAGAUUUCCUCUUCUGACGAGACACCUUCCGGUGGGCGGGGUGUGUGCAGACAGACUGGCAGACUAGGAACCAUGGAGUCUGAGGAAAUCUACAUAAACCAGGAGGUCGGUAUGCAGGCCGCAGCCUUCAAAGACAAGCAGCGGGGGACACCAGCCCAUAGCACAGCUGUAGAUGACCCCAACUAUGAGAAUAUCACCGUGACCUUAAGGAAACAGGACCAUCCAAAGGGCAGUCACUCACCCCCCAAGAGUAAGGUCCCAGCCUGGGCCAGGCCACCCUCGGACUCUGCCCAGGGCCCCCGGUGGUUGCACCGAGCCUUCGCAAGCCUGUACAUCCUUCUUGCCCUGAUUUCCAUCAUCCUGCUGGUCUGGGUUCUGGUGAAGAAUUCUGAGAUGUCCCAGGAGCUGCUGGUCUUGAAAAGGGAGAUCUGGAAUGUCUCCAUCUCUGCGCGGGAAUGCGAGGAGGGGCAGAGGCAGGGCUGGAGCAACGCUGAGCAAAGCAUCAACAACGCCAAGCAGCGCAUUGAUUCUGCCAACCGCAACGUCCAGGCUGGGAACGAGAAGCUGAAGAAGCUGGCGGAAGAUGUAAGCCGAAUCAAGACUCAGUCACAGCAAAUCGUGUCGAUCCUGCAGAAAAUACAAAGUCAACAGCCGACCCAGCCCACACCUCCGUGACCAAGACGACACGGCAGCCUGCGUGCAGCUCGGAGGACAGGGUGGCACCUCCCAGGAUAUAUGACACAUGGGGCCAGCCUUGUCUGAACCUGCUCGUCAUCCCCACAUAUCAAGUCAUGUGUCAUGGUGAAUGAGUGUUGUGGAGUUGCGUGUGUGCAUGUGUGUAUGUGAUGUGUGUGGGGUAAGCAUCUCACGGAGGGCAGGUGUUGGGUGAAUGUUGAAUGUGGGAGUCACAGAGGGUGUGUGUGCACCUGUCACUGUCCAGGCCCAUCCUUGUGUACAUCAUAGCGUGUGUGUGGUGUUGUGCACACCGCCGUGGGUAGCUGUGUCAGCGGGAAGCACAAAAGUGUGUCGCAGUGAGUGUGGGUGUUGGUAACACGUGCUACCCAUGCAUGUUUCACUGUUGGUGUGACUGUGUGAAUGUCCUGCAGCAUGUUGUGUGUAUAAACGUGUCCCGGUGGCAGUGUGUGGAAGCACACCGUGGGAAUGCAGGUGCCACGGUGUGUGCCCUGUCACUCCCUGUGCCCCCAAGAACCACGUGUGUCCAUGUGAGUGCGCCUGCUUGUCACCAGGGUGCUGGAGCACGGACACACGUGUGUCUGUUUCUGAACUCACAUUUUGUGAUUCGUGGAAGUAAAGGCCAAGAGAAGACAA